GCUCUCUCCCUCAAACCACCACCUCCCUACUCUACUUCCAUAUACAAUGGGUGUUCUCGAUAUCGUCCCUGCCGGCGUCCUCACCGGAGACAACGUCCGCAAGUUGUUCCAGUACGCAAAGGAGAACCAGUUUGCGAUCCCUGCCAUUAACGUCACCUCCUCUUCCGUAGCAAACUCCGUCCUCGAGGCCGCCCGUGACAUCAAGUCCCCCAUCAUCAUCCAGGUCUCCCAGGGCGGUUCCGACUUCUUUGCCGGCAAGGGCCUCGCAAACGACAAGCAGCAAGCCUCUAUCACUGGUGCCGUUGCCGCUGCGCACCAUGUUCGCGCCGUCGCAAAGGCCUACGGAGUCCCCGUCGUCCUCCACUCGGACCACUGCGCCAAGAAGCUCCUUCCGUGGUUCGACGGCAUGCUCGCCGCCGACGAGGAGUACUUUGCCCAGCACCAGGAGCCCCUCUUCUCCUCGCACAUGCUCGACCUCUCCGAGGAGUCCAAGGAGGAGAACAUCGAGACCUGCGUCAAGUACUUCAAGCGCAUGGCGCCCCUCGGCCUCUGGCUCGAGAUGGAGAUCGGCAUCACCGGUGGUGAGGAGGACGGCGUAGACAACACCGACGUCGACAACUCGCGCCUCUACACCCAGCCCGAGGACAUCUUCGACGUCUACUCCGCCCUCUCCGCCAUCUCCCCCAACUUCUCCAUCGCCGCCGCGUUCGGCAACGUCCACGGUGUCUACAAGCCCGGAAACGUGAAGCUCCACCCCGAGCUCCUCAACAAGCACCAGGUCUACGCCGAGCAGAAGCUCGGUGGCAAGACCACCAAGCCCCUCUUCCUCGUCUUCCACGGCGGCUCCGGCUCCACCAAGGACGAGAUCAAGACCGCCGUCCAGAACGGCGUCGUCAAGAUGAACGUCGACACCGACACCCAGUGGGCGUACCUCACCGGCAUCCGCGACUUUGUCCAAAACAAGUCCGGCUACCUCCAGUCGCAGGUCGGCAACCCCGAAGGCGCCGACAAGCCGAACAAGAAGUACUACGACCCGCGUGUCUGGGUGCGCGAGGGCGAGAAGACGCUCGUCGCGCGCGUCAAGGAGGCCUGCACCGACCUCGGCAACAUCAACCGCCUGUAAUUUCCCCCUAGAUGAGACGAGCAGUAAUAUGGCGUCGGCGCUGGCACGAACCAGGUGUAGCAAAAGGACGAAGCAGAAGCAGAGCAGCAGAAAGUUAGCGUUGUAUCCCUAUCCCCGAAUACAUCUCUAGUGUUUCC